CUCCAGUAAGGAAAAAGGGCGAGGAUUCUGUUUUUUUAUAAUUCAUGCCUUGCACUGAAGAGGGCGCACCGAAAGGGCUUGAAUUCGAUGCAACUACUGUACCACAAGCCUAGCAAUCUCGUCUUUUUGCCCGCAUAUUUACUCUUGGUUAGAAGAACCAGUACUUAAGAAAGGAGAGGAGCAAGGAAGAGUAGGAUUGUUUGUGAGGCGGGCCCUGAGAAGGCCACAAGUAUAUGUCCAUCUCAUCGAUCUUAUUUCAUGUCUCCCUUGCGUUCAUUGCUAUUUGCCCCUCUUGCCGAGGUUCGGCUACGGAUCCUCCACACUCAAUCGCAACAAUACAAUAGUACUUAUCAUUUUAAUAGGGGGAUUCUUCUCAACGCUCUUCAAACUCCCACCGCUCACGAAUGAUGGACGCUUCGCAGGUUUUCAUAUUUGGAUCUUUUAGUGAGGAUGAAGCGUCCUUCUUCCAGAAGGACAUUGUAGAAGAGGACACUAAAUUAUUCAAGCAGAAUGAUUUGCUGUUUGGUUCUUUCGAUAGUCAAGUUGAAUGUUUGCAGAAGAAUCCUGAAAUAUCAUCUAAGCAGGCAUGUAAUGGGGAAGUGAAAGUGAGUGAUCAUCUAAGAUCGAAUGUCAAGUCUCAUAUUCCCAAUGAUCAAGAAAAUUUGGUUUCCAAUAGGGGGAGAACUGGUGAGCAGUCCACAAAGAAGCAGGCUGUUAGUGGGAGUUGUGACACAAAAGUUGCUGCAGCAAAUGGUGGUGAUACAUAUUCGAUGAAGUUAGAAUCUAGUGGUGAAUGCACAAUAGUUGAAAAUGGAGCGGGCAAAAUGACUGAUAGAACUAAAAGUUUGCAAGAAUUCCUUGUUGAAUCAAGUUCUAGCCUUGUGGGAAGUGACACCAUCCAACGGCUUGACUCUUUAAGCUUAGAGAGCAUUGAUUCUGUUGAGGAAUCUAUGGAGUAUCCAUCCUUGAUGAGUGAAAAUAUUCCUAUGUCAUGGGCAGCAAAAUUUGGAGGAAAGGAAGGAAAUGGGCAAGUUGCAUAUUCUCAUGGAGGUGAUAAAAGUAGGAAAAAAUCUGGGGUAGUGUCAACUAUACCAAAGCUUUCUCAAGGGAAAUCAAGCACCAGCUUGAUUGAAAAUGUUGGCAGCAUUUCCGCAAGUGGAAUGGGAGUCAUGAUGAAGAGGUGGCAGCCAAGAGGUCUUAAAAAUGCAGGAAAUUUGUGCUUUCUUAAUGCAACGCUGCAAGCACUUCUUUCAUGUGCCCCUUUUUUCCAACUUUUACAAAUCCUCAGAUCUCGUGAUAUUCCGGAGGUUGGCUAUCCAACACUUCGGGCAUUUGUUCAAUUUCUGGACGAGAUUCAGGAAGAGAAACCUGCUGAUUCAGUCCUUGAAAGGAAUGAACAGGAGAUUGGAUGGCUUGAAUCUGGGAAGCCUUUUUAUCCAACAAUGUUUGACCCUGUACUUAAGUUGUUUAGUCCUGACCAACCGCUUAGUUCUCUGGGAAGACCGAGGCAAGAAGAUGCCCAAGAGUUUCUUCUUUUUGUUAUGGAUAGGAUGCAUGGUGAACUAUUACAGCUGGAUGGCAGCAAUUCAUCAAUGAUUACAGUUAGUGGAGAUGAUGACUGGGAGACUGUUGGACCCAAGAACCGGAGUGCAGUGACUAGAACUCAAAGUUUUAUGGAUUCGGCUCUAAGUGGCAUAUUUGGAGGGCAGCUGAGAAGUGUGGUAAAAUCAAGAGGUAACAGAGCUUCAGCUACUAUUCAACCUUUUAUGUUGCUUCAUUUGGACAUUUUUCCUGAAGCUGUUAGGACAGUUGAAGAUGCUCUUCGCCUCUUUGCAUCUCCAGAGUCAGUUGAAGGUUAUAGAGCUUCUACAGGCAAGGAAGGCAUUGUGAGUGCAAGCAAGUCUGUAAAAUUACAGACUCUGUCAAAGGUGUUGAUAUUGCAUUUAAUGCGCUUUAGUUAUGGAAGUAAAGGCACCAGCAAGCUACAUAAACCUGUGCGCUUCAAUACAGAGAUUGCUCUAGGGCGUGAAUUGCUUGUCUCUCCAACAACAGAAGGCAGGAGAUAUGAACUAGUUGCAACUAUAACGCACCAUGGAUGGGACCCUUCAAGAGGGCAUUAUACAGCUGAUGCAAAAUAUUCUGAUGGUCGUUGGCUACAAUUUGAUGAUGCAACUGUGUCUGUUGUAGGAUUGAACAAAGUACUCCAUGAUCAAGCAUAUGUAUUAUUUUAUAAACAAAUAUGAGGAUAUAGAUAUGCCACAACACAUCUUACAUGUCUGCACAGAGUUUUGGUUGCAGAUUCAGAAUUUUCAUAUUUCGAAUUUCAAUUUGAUGCCUGAUAAACACUUUAAGAUUUUCUUGUUUGGGGAAACAAAUGGUGUUUUUGAUUGAUUA